AAUGAGCGUUUUCGAGAUUCCAGAAGGAUUAACAGAUCUACUGCAAAACUUUACGGUUCAAGUAUUACGAGAGCGUCCAGGAGAUUUGUUACAAUUUGCCGCCGACUAUUUUAAUGUUCAAUUAGUGAACAGAGACGGUUCGGCUAUCAAUACUCGUUUUCACGAUGGAAUGGAGAGUUACCAAGCAAGUCAAUUGGACGAGGAUAUUGAUUCAGAAGAGGAAUUUUACUCAGUGGUUGAUAAUUCAUUCGGCCAAUCGUAG